AAAUUUAUACAGUCCUCAGGUAAAUGGCCGAAAUGGGCCACUAUUCUAUGGUCGCUGUUUUUGCAGCGCUUAUAUUUUUAACAUGGAGGGAUCUUUCCCACACAGAAACGACAUCUGAUGUACACAAGGACAUUAGAGCUCCUAAGUUUGCAACAAUGGCCGCCCCAACGAUAAAAUUUUUGUAUUGCUACUCCUGAGGGUACCGGAAGGUCUAUGACCAAUAUUUCCAUGCUCUUCAAGAGCGCUUCCCGUCUUUAAUCGUCGAGGGCGACAAUUACCCGCCGCCCUCCGGUAAAGCCGCAGUAGCACAGUUUCUAAGUAUAGCCAAGCUUCUCAUCAUCGCCAUGAUCGUGUCGGGUCAAAAUCCCUUUCCUCACCUAAACAUGGAAACACCUAGCAUAUUCACCUGGGCCAUCUCAAACAAGAUCUAUGCCUGUUUAAUGGUUUUCUUCAUCAGCAAUGCAGUAGAGGGACAGAUGAUUUCUACAGGGGCCUUUGAAGUAUCAUUUAAUGAUGUCCCAAUAUGGUCUAAGUUACAAACAGGGCGAAUCCCAGCACCAGGGGAGAUGUUCCAGAUCAUCGAAAACCAAAUGAAUUUGAACCCUAAUCAGCCUACUCAGAAUAUGUAGCAGCAGAAAGGUACCAGCUCAGCAUAAGUACAGGAAUUUCAGUCACAGAUGUUGGCAUUGAUAAAAUGGCAUUGAAUCGUAUCAUGAAAGUCUGAAGAAUGACGGUCUUUGUUGAAAACAGCGCUGCUGUCGACAAGGAACCUGAGGAACCUAUCAGACGAAGUGGUACAUUCAGUGUCAGCCAAUCACAGACAAGUUCUGUGUCUGUUCAUGCGCUUAUAUUGUUUUGGUGAACACAAAAGGCUAAAAUGUGUUGUUUCUUCAAAAGUUCAAACCAUGGAGGUGAAAGACAAUCUGUGCAAUUUAUCUAAUAAAGUGACAAAACACUUAUAUCCAGAGAAUGUCCAUCAUUGUCAUCUAAUAGGUAGUUAGUUCCUAUAUGUAGUUUGAAAUGUGAUGGUAAUCAUCAGGUUUUUAAAAAAUGUAAAAAAAAACCACCAAUAUAUAAAACCUGGUAUUUAAGUGUGUAUAAAAGACAAGUAGAGAUGAGUGUUGUGUACAAUGGGUUAAAUUUCAAGGAAUAUUUUUUUGUUUCAUGUACAUUUAUUAGACCCAUAUCUGGAAAUGAUGAUUUCACAAACAGGUACUCCCAUUAAUGACAACAUUCAAGUAAACCAAAUUGUAUGGCAUAAAAAACAUUCAAACACCCAACAUCCAAUCAGUUUUAAAUUCUUACUUUUGUUAUGUUUAAAACAAAAUUGAACAGAUUAUGCUUAAUUUUGGGGGUUUUCAAAGUUUUAAAAACAGGGUUUAUACAAUAGUGGAGGAGUAAUAACACCAGAAUCUAUUAUGGACUUGGAAUAGACCAUUAAUAUUGUUCAAUUUCUUAUUUUGUUUUUUUGCUUGUAUGAGUCAGAGUAACACUAGAAAAGUUUGUUUGAGGGUUAUUUCCCUAAAUACAACAGUGCAGUUGAGUUGUAUAUAAGGUGAUCAGUAUAUUUUGAAAUAGUGUAAUCUAGUUUAAAAUCAUGUGUGAAGUUUUAGGAUUAUUGUGUUCAUCAUGAUUACUGCCUGGCAAUGUGAUUUCAAAGAAAAAAAUGAAAAUAAAUUGCAGAGAGAAAAAAACACAAAUAAUUUGUCUGCGCUAGGCAGAAAGAACUAAAGUUGAACAGUUCAAUAUGACUUGAAUUUCAUUAACAGGUACUUGUAAAAGAUUUAUUUGUGUAUGAUUCUGUAUUGUUGUUUCCUGAAAACCAGAUUUUGUAAAAAAAUAAAUAAAUCUCCAAGAAAAGUGUUUUUUCUUUGUAGUCAUCCUAUUUUAUUAUAUGUUUGUAAUAAUUAUAUACAUGAUCAUGUUUUAAAAAACAUUCUAAUUCAUUGAUCAAAGAGAAUCAAAAUAAAAAACUGUGUAUGGUGUGUGAAGUUCUAAUAUUUAUAAUAGCUGUAAGUGUAGUUAUCACUCCUGUUACUUUUGAACAUUAGAAUCCAGGACAUUUUCAGGACUGUAUCAAAGCUGAGGUCAGCAUGGUUCCUCUGUGAUCUAUGUAUCCAGAAUAUAUUGUAUGUAAAUCAACUGUAUACGGUAAAUACGCCAGUAACACUUAAAAUGUAAAUCUCCAGAAAUCAGCAUCAGUAAUAUCUGCAAUUCAAGUCAACUAUUAAGAUUUCUUAUCACAUUCACCUACAUUUUAUACCAGUAUUUUCUAAUUUCUGUAAUAUUUAUCUUGAUUUUAAAACAAAAAAUAUCCAUAAAAGCAAUGUUUGAUUACAAAAUGUUUUGUCUGAUGUUUGAAAUCUUGAUGUUGCAGCAUGAUGAUAGACUUUGAGAAAGAAUACAGUGUAGCUAUCCCGUCUUUGCGUAUUGCAGAGUUAUCUUCUCUUGGGAGCAGGUAUUGAUUGUUACGUCAUUGGUUUGUGUGAGAAAAUUAUGUCGUUUUCUCAAAAAUUGAUGACGUUACUCUUACAAACAAGUGACGUAACAAUCAAUACCUGCUCCCAAGAGAAGAUAACUCUGCAAUACGCAAAGACGGAAUACUGUGUUAGGGUAUUACGCAUGUGCUGUCAGCUUAUCAUUAUUAAUGGUGAUUAUUUUCAGUGAGACUUUCAUCACAAUUUCUUCUGGAGUGUUAAUACAUAUUGUGUUCUGUAUUCCAUAUUGGUUUAGUUGUUUAGUUUGCUUGUACAUUAAUUGUGAAUUUCAGUGAGGAAAAAUAAUAUCCAGAAAAUCAGAAGAACAAACUAUUUAUACAAAUCAUAUGUGGAUUCCAUUAUCAGAUUUAAAUAGUUUUUGUGAUAAGAGCAACCACAGAUAUGAAAAGAAGUGUUGCUAAAAUAAUGUUAUUCAGUUUUACAAUUAAGAUGUUGUCCUUCUGAAAACUGGCGUGAAUGAUAAUUUUUUCAUUAAAGAAACAUGUGCAUGAUCUGGUAUGGUCAGGACUGUCGUUUUUUACAGUAUACAUUUAACUGACAAUAUUAAAUGCAAUCUUUACACACAACACAAUCAUUGAAGGAACUUCAUAUAUAAAGAAUUGAGAAGUAGAUUAAGGUAAUGAAAUCCAGUUGUAUUCGCUGUAUUUAACUUGGAGAGUUCUGGUUAUGUCUGGAGACUUGAAUGUUACAUUCCAUUUUAACUAUGACAUAACCACAAUAGCAUAACAAUUUAAUUAAAAUGCCAAAUUUUCACCCUUUGGCGUUUUAAUACAUAUUCAACCUUUUGCUUUCAAACUUCAAAGGUUUAAGUUUUCUAAGGUCAGUAUUUGUUCAAGGUAGUCAAAUUAAAAAAAAUCAGUAUGGAGAUAUCAUGUUCAUAUUUAUUUUCUUUCUUUACCUUUUAGCUGCUUAAAGGAUUGUAAAUAGUCGGUAUGUCUGUAAAUGGUUUUGUCGGUUUCUUAUUUUCUGGCGGUAUAGUUAUUAUUCAAGAAUUUUCCUCAAAUACAUUACUCUAGUACAAAUCAUUUACAGGCCCUUAAGCAAAGGUACUUUGUUUUGGUGAUUUAUUAAGGGCCUUAUUUUUCAGACAAACUAUAUAUUUUUGUGCUAUGCAGUGAUAUCAAAAAUAAAGAAAAAAGAUUAUGAUUUGUUAAUUGAAAUUGAUUAAUGUUGAGACUGUUGAGUUUGACAUGAAGGUGUAACAUAACUCUUCUUUGUAAAUAUCUUUUGUUUGUCUACUGGUCGUAUUAAAUAGUUAAAAUCUCACAUCAUCAGGACAUUUAUUUGGUCACAAUUUUCAGUUAGACUUUAGGUAGUUUUCUAUUUAUGAUGUAAAAACUUUGGUUAUGUUCAGUGGAUUUUGUUUCUUAAUAAAUAUAAAUUAUGUUGAAAA